AUGGAUGGGCUUGGGACUAUGAAGCCAUCUGGAGAGGCUGAGUUAGACGAUUAUGCGAAGAGACAACAGCAAUUCAAAUUAUUUCAGGAAUCUCUUCCAAAAGUGAAUGUAGUGGCUUAUGAGAUGCUGUUAGAUGAGAUCGUUCCAUUGUGCAUGAGGGUUGAGAAGGAUUUGAAGGAUGAUAGUGAUGUUUUGAAAGGUUUCGAAGGUCUAGAUUUGGCAGAUAUGAAGAUCGCUAGUUCUCAUAAGUUGAUUGAAGAGUUACAAAAAGCGGAUACUGAGACUAGGGAUAGCGUUUAUUUAAGGUUAAAUGGGAUAGGCUUUAAUAUCGGGGUGAAGUUGACGGAGCUGCUAAUAUUUAGUAAUAAUCCGAACUUGCAUUUUGAUAGUAUGGACCUUCUUGCAGUAAUGAAGUUUAUAUGCAGAGAGGUAUGGAUCCAGGUAUAUGGUAAGCAGAUUAACAAUCUGAAAACGAACCACCGUGGGACUUUUUACUUGUUUGACUACGAGUUUCCACCGAUCCAGCACAUGUCGUUGGAAGGCGAGGCAUCUCAAGUAGAGCUUGACAUGGUGAAGCCGUACCUGCAAAUUCCUUGUGGACUUAUUCGGGGAGUUCUAGCGUCGCUAGGAUUCGAAGGCGAAGCAGUGACAGUAGGGGUGUCAUAUGUGGAUUUGCCGAGCGAUCGGUUGCCCUUGAGCAUUAUGUUUCCACGCGGCGUAAGUUUUAAUGUGCAUGUUGCGAAUAAGUGA